CCAAGAUGCAUACGGACAUCUCGUGAUGGUAUUUGGAAAUUGCAGCAAAUCAAAACAAACUAGCGUGGCACUCAAAUUUAGCUACAAUUUACUUAUAAAUUGGAUUAAUUUAAUUUUUUUAUGCAUGAGAGUUGCCCGAAACUUAUCAAAAAUGCUCAUAGAUAUUGGUGCAAAUUUAACUGAUGGAAUGUACAAGGGGAUUUACAAUGGGACGAAGAGACACGAGCCGGACUUACCAAAUGUACUCAAACGAGCGUGGGACGCAGGCCUGAAGCACAUCAUUGUCACAGGAGGGAGUCUUGAGGAAAGCAGAGAAGCGCUGGAUAUGGUCCAAAUAGAUGAUCGACUUAGCUGCACUGUUGGAGUGCACCCUACACGGUGCGGAGAAUUUGAAAAAUCAGGGGAUCCUGGAAAAUAUUUGCAAGAUCUGGAACAACUGAUCAAAGACGGAGGUAAAAAAGUGGCUGCUUUUGGUGAAUUUGGACUCGAUUACGAGCGGACGCAAUUUUGUGACAAGGAAACCCAGAUGAAGUAUCUCAAGAUGCAAUUGGAGGUGGCAUCGAAAUUUCCAGAGCUGCCUUUAUUUUUGCAUUGCCGAAAAUCUGCUAAAGACUUGGCAGAUGUUCUGUUUGGUUACAAACUGAAAGGUGUGGUGCAUUCUUUUGAUGGGACUUUUGAGGAAGCACAGGAAUUGUUGAAUUUGGGUUAUUUCAUUGGCAUCAAUGGAUGCUCUUUGAAAACUUCUGAUAAUUUGGAGACGGUUAAGAAAUUACCUUUGGAUCGCAUUCUGCUGGAAACCGAUGCGCCAUGGUGUGAAGUUCGUCCUAGUCAUGCAGGGCAUCCCUUCAUUAAAAGCAAACCAUUGCCCUCUGUCAAAAAGGAAAAAUGGGUUGAAACAUCAAUGGUCAAAAGCAGAAACGAGCCAUGUACUUUGAGGCACAUUUUGGAAAUUGUGAGCCAGUGUCGUGACGAGGAGAUAAAUUUUGUGGAAGAAGAGGUAUACAAAAAUACUUUAAAACUAUUCAGUCAUAUUGAUUAAAAUCACUUCUGCGUAAAACAAUUAUCAGAUAUUUUAUGAUUUUUUU